AUGAAUAAGAAAACCUUUUCAAACCCCUUGAGCAAGGAACAAUCGAAAUUUGAAGCUACGGUGGCAAAAUUUCGAAGACUGAAUGAAUCUGUUCAAGAGGUUUCAAAUGAUAGUUUCGAUAGGUUAGAGUUAGGGAUUAGUGAUAAUGAACCAAGCACCAGCAGAGCAAGUGGUAAUAGAUUUGAGGAUUUUUGUGAUAGCGAUAACGAAACGAAUAUAGAAGCAUCACAAAUUGUGGUACCGUCACCAUCGUCUGGCGGUCAUGCAGACCGUCUCACUGCAGUUGAAAAGUCCCUAACAGACAAAAUGCCAGAAAAGGCCGAGGUGCAGGCGCAAAGUAAGUUAUUGCGCGAAUGCCGCGUUAUAGCGGCAAAGACGCACCAUUCAAUUAACCCCAUCACCGGUGACUUGGAGGACGAGCAUUACGUGGAGCUCGCUUCUAAACUGCCCAUGUCAUCGGAGGAGCACGUGCGCUUCGUGGAAGACAAACUUUCACAAAAGGAAAGCACGGAUGCUAUGAUGCGGUUAAUAUUGAAGUCGAAGGGCGCAAAAGGCAGUGUUGACGGCGUACUGCGUGGCAUGUUUUCUGAUGAUUUGAUGUACCACUACAAUUUAGAGGGGCGCAAGGAGAAGUUUUUGGUAGAUAUAUUUCCUGACAAGGAUAAAAACACCAUCUGUGGUGAGCUCCGGAGAUUUGUGGCCUUAAGCCACAAUCGUUUUAAGCAAAAAAAAAACAUAAACUUAAGGCAAAAUUAAUAUAAGGUUUCAUAUUGUUACUUAUAUAUAUUAGUUUUAAGUUGUAAAUAUUAGCUCUAAGUUGUAUAAAUUAGUUUUAAGUUGUAAAUAUUAGUUUUGAGUUGUGCGUUGUUAGUUUUAAGUUGCACAUAUUAGUUUUAAGUUGCAUAUAUUAGUUCUAAGUUGUACAUAUUAGUUUUAAGUUGAAGUUUCUAAUUUCACUUUUAACAAAUUUGAAUUUUUAGAAUUAUAAUUUUUUUACUGAAAAAAACUUACUUUGUACUAUUUUUCUGUAAUAAUAAUAAUAAUAGGCAAAUUAUUAGUUUAAGUAAUAUUUGAUUAUUUUGAUUUUAUUAUUAAAUAAAGCGAAAUAAAAAAAAAACUGAGUUUUAUUUAAAAGAAUUGAAUUUGCUAGAUAACAGAUGCUAGGUAACAGAUAAUCUUGUUAUUGCUUGUUCUUGCUAACAUGCUUAUUUGUUAAAGGUAACAAACUGAUAACCAAAAUAAUAACACUAACAGAUAUUCGGGUAACAAAUACUUUUUGUUAUCCAUAACACAUAGGUAAGCUAUGCGCUAACAAAAUAAUUUGUUACCCGUAACAUACUGGUAACAUACUGUGAAGAGAUUUGCUAACAAUUGUAUGUAUUCAGUUAGAACAAGGCAGCAUGCGAUAUUUGCCAUUGGUUAGAGCGAGAUAACCAUUGAACAUCAAAUAGCUAUGUGUUACUUUUUUCCCACUCUCUGAACAAAAGUAACAAAUAUUUUAACGAAUGCAAAAGUGAACAAUAACAAUGAGAAAUGCACAAGUGACAGGAUUGAACAACACCGUUUCGGCAACACCCUCCAAAAUUUGUGAACUCACCCUUCGUUCAUCGACAAGAAAGGAGUUUAAGAUAACAACACACGCGUUUAUCUUAAAAUUUUUAACCGAUAAUUUACCCACUCACUCACUUAGUACGACCAUCACUAAUACAGAUUUCGGUUUUAGUUUAGCUGACCCUCACUUUUAUAAACCCAGACCAGUCGACAUAUUGAUCGGAAGUGACUUGUACCCACAAAUAAUUCUCAGUGGUGUACGGAGAAAUGUACUCGGGACCUUUCUAGCCCAAGAAACGGAAUUCGGAUGGAUUUUAUCCGGACCCAUACCAGAAAAACCCGUAUCACCCUCAAUAAUGCCAAUAAAGAUAAGAUGACCCCAGCCAGACAAGUUGCUCACACAAUUUUGGGAAGUUGAAGAAGUUCCAAGGAAGCCUCUACCAUCAACUUCAGAUAUAGUUUGUGAGCAAAUUUAUAAAAAUACGACCCACAGAAACUUAGAUGGGCGCUAUGUGUUAACAUUACCCAUUAAAACCCCAGAAAACAUAGAUUUGGGCAACUCAAGACACAUAGCUCUAGCUCAAUUUCUUAGAAAUGAAAAAUCAUUGUCGAGAAAACCCGAAAUAAAAGCGGAAUACGACAAGGCCAUCAACGAGAACUCGGUCAUAUGACAAAAAUAGAAUACGACCCUGCGGAUAAUACGAAAGCGUAUUAUCUGCCACAUCACGCAGUCAUUAAACCGGAUCGCAUAACGACUCAACUCCGAGUGGUAUUCAACGCUUCAUGCCCCACCUCGAACAGGAACAGCCUCAAUGAUGUACUGGACUGGACCCAUUCUACGAGCAGACCUCGUAAUCCUAGUAGUAAAAUGGCGAAUGUUUCGAAUCGUAUUCAACGCAGAUAUCCAAAAAAUGGAUCGUCAAAUACUCGUUGAAAGCAGACACACUCCGUUUCAAAGAAUCUUAUUCAGGAAAUCCCCUAACGACCCUAUAGAAAAUUUUGAAUUACAAACGGUUACGUUUGGUAUUAACUGUGCUCCAUUGCUAGCUAUCCGUACCCUACUCAAAUUAGCGGAUGAUGUACAAGGAACCCACCCACUGGCAGCAGAGAUACUUCGAAACGGAAUGUACGUUGAUGAUGUACUUGCAGGAGCACAUGACGUACCAACAGCGAUAUUGGCACGAGAUGAACUCACUUCAUCUUUAAAGUCCGCAGGAUUUGCUCUACGCAAAUGGACCUCAAAUGACCCGACAGUUUUAUCUGGAAUCCCACAAGAACAUCUAUUGGAUACCACCUCACUCAGUUUACCAGAAUUCAAUAACAUAAAAACACUAGGAAUCAGAUGGAAUGCAAAAAAAGAUGCGUUCU